CUUGCUGCCAUGUGAUCCUCUGCUGGGUUUAAAAGCUUAGGACCCAAAGAGAAGGACACAGUACACAUUUCCCUACUUGCUCCUAGUAAGUGUGCAGGUGCUGCAUCCUUAAACAUGUCAGACACCGAAGAGGCCACAUAUGAGGACAAUACAGAGGAAAAUGGGGGAGGUACAGAGGACUCAAAGCCCAGGAUAAAAUCUACAUUUGUGCCUGGCUUGGCUCCUCCUAAGAUCCCAGAAGGUGAAAAAGUGGACUUUGAUGACAUUCAUAGGAAGCGUAUGGAAAAGGACCUGACUGAGCUGCACACGCUGAUUGAAGCUCACUUUGAGAAGCGUAAGAAGGAAGAGGAAGAGCUGAUUGUGCUCACAGAUCGCAUUGAAAAACGCAGGUCUGAGAGAGCUGAGCAGAUGAAGAUCAGAGCCGAGAGAGAACGAGAACGGCAGGCCAAACUAGCUGAAGAGAAAGCAAGAAAAGAGGAAGAGGAAGCUAAGAAGAAAGCAGACGAUGAUGCAAGGAAGAAGAUGAUUUUGUCCAAUCUGAGUUUCACCGGAUACAAGCAAACACAGCCUGGAACUAAAAGACAAACAGAAAGAGAAAAGAAGAGGAAGAUCCUAAAUGAUCGCCGCAAGGAGCUGAACAUUGAUCACUUGAAGGAGGAGAAACUGAGAGAGAAAGCAAAGGAAAUGUGGGACUGGAUGCGGCAGCUUGAGGCAGAGAAAUUUGACCUUCAAUUUAAGUACACAAAGCAGAAGUAUGAGAUCACAGUGCUCAGGAAUCGGGUGAGCGAUCAUCAGAAAAUCUCAAAAGGCACCCGGAGCAAGCGAGGCCUGAGGAAGUAACACCUGCUGCAAAGUCUGCCAACCUUGGUUAUUCUUACAGAAAGUCCCAUUGAACUGAUAAUUAUGUUUAAGAUUCGAACAAGUCAGAUCCAAUUCACAUUUCUGAAGACAUAAACUAAUAUAUUGUUUAAUGUGCUUACUUGGAAAUAGUGAACUGAAAAUGUUUAAACCAAGCAGCUGCUUGGUGACAAGUGAUUAUUGAAGUCUAUAAACAAACUUGUGGGAUGAAUAAAAGCACAAAUUUAUUGUAAUUUAUUAAACAAAUAAA